GCUGCUGUUCCUCCAGGCUGUCGGUGGUGGCAUGUGACUGAGGUGGAAAAGUGGUCAGGAUUUUUAAAUGUGAAAAAGAGGGCUAGAGGAGAGGCUCUUCCACUGCAGACUGAGACCACGGACGUCCCGAAAUGUGAAAAAACAAAUACAACUCCGAGUUAAGCUGCGGGUCGAGUGAUAAAUUUAUACGUCGGGACGGUUUCAAGCUAUCCAUAUGGACAGAACGAUAAACUACAGUCACCGAGGAGAAAAAGCCAAUGUCUGAAGUCGUGGCCGCCGGCGAGAGCUGAUUUCUAAACACCAUCAGGAGAAGCUGUCCACCUUCUCACCAUAAGAGCCAAAGGAACUUCCAAAAAAGACGUUUAACUUUUCACUUUUGCCUUAUUUCAGCAGAUGAUUGUGAACUGAAACAUUACGAACAAAUAGUAUGCAGAUAUAUAAACAAACGUUAAAAAAAGAAUGUCAUCGGACUGCGUUAGCCGAGUGAACGUUAGCUGAGUUUGUGUUGGCCAGUUCAAAUUGCAACGUUCUUUCAUCCCGACCGACUGACCAAACAAAGAAAGAUAGGAAAAUCGUAGCUAACGUUGUAUGGACCCUGUGGAAUCUACCUCCUGUGAUUUUUUUUUUUAUCAGCAGUUCCUUCCGUUUUAAAUUCCGGAAGGUCGCCUUUUUAUAUUAUAACUAGCUGUACUGCCUUAGAAAUCACAUAGACGCGUGUAGAUGCUAGCUAAAUGGUAAAUGAAAACCGACCAGUGCUGAUUGUGUUGCCAUCGGUUUGUGUUCCAAAAACAACGUUGAAGUUUUGCUCCGGAUGAAGUUUCUGUCAGGAGUUUACCCUGUAGGUGUAUCUGGCACGGAGAUGGAUUUAAUGACUGGCGACGUGGACUCGGUUCAAGGAGGCAUUGUUUCUUUAGACCCUGUGGUAGACGGGAUUUUAAUUGACUCCAUUUGCCAGCAGCAGGGAUGGGUGCGAGUGUACGACGUGAAAGGCCCACCAAGUCAUCGUUUCUCAUGUGGACAGUCGCCUUUCUCCGAGCCCAACAUCUGGGAAAGGAAGUACUGCAUCCUGACCGACAGUCAGCUCAUCCUGCUUAACAGAGAGGAAGAGAUUCCGGCAGAGGUCCAUGAGAGCCCCACAGAUUUGUCUUCCAAGGGCCGCAAUCUGAGGAGAACAGUUAGUGUCCCCUCAGAAGGACAAUUCUCUGAGUAUCCAGCAGAGGGAGCUUCUGUGUUAGAAGUGUCUGCAGAAUGCUCCCCCAGGCGGAGGAGUAUCUCCGGUUUGGGCAGCUCGGAGAAGAAUGUCUCUGUGGAUGGACCAAACUCCUCACCUUUCAAAGUGCCGGGUUUUUUCAGUAAGCGACUAAAAGGGUCUAUCAAAAGGACAAAGAGUCAGACCAAACUGGACCGAAACACAAGCUUCAGGCUACCCUCACUGCGGCCCGCUGAAAACGACAGGUCACGAGGCCUGCCUAAGUUGAAGGAGUCCUGUUCCCAUGAGUCUUUACUAAGCCCAGGCAGUGCUGUGGAGGCUCUAGAUCUCAGCAUGGAGGACGAUGUCUACAUCAAACCUCUACACAGCAGUGUGCUGGGCCAGGAGUUCUGCUUUGAAGUGACGUUCUCAGGUGGGAGUAAAUGCUUCAGCUGCUCCUCGGCCUCUGAGAGAGACAAGUGGAUGGAGAACCUCAGAAGAACUGUGCAGCCAAAUAAGGACAAUUGCCGACGGGCAGAGAACAUCCUCCGUUUGUGGAUCAUCGAAGCUAAAGACCUGCCACCCAAGAAGAAGUACUUCUGUGAGCUGUGCCUGGACGACAUCAUGUACGCCCGCACCACCAGCAAGCCACGCUCGGACUGCCUGUUCUGGGGUGAGCACUUUGAGUUUGGCGGCCUGCCUGGCAUCAAGAGCAUCACUGUUCACAUCUAUCGCGAUACCGACAAGAAGAAAAAAAAAGACAAGAACAACUAUGUGGGCCUGGUCAACAUUCCUGUGCAGGGCGUAAGUGGCAGGCAAUUUGUAGAGAAGUGGUACCCAGUCAGCACACCCACCACCAGCAAGGCCAAGGGUGGAGGCCCCACCAUUCGCAUCAAGUCCCGCUUCCAGACCAUCUCCAUCCUGCCAAUGGAGCAGUACAAGGAGUUUGCGGAGUUUGUGACCAACAACUACACCAUGCUGUGUUCAGUGCUGGAGCCAGUCAUCAGUGUGAGGAAUAAAGAGGAGAUGGCCAGUGCACUUGUACACAUCCUGCAGAGCACGGGCAGGGCAAAGGACUUUCUGACAGACCUGGUGAUGUCUGAAGUGGAUCGCUGUGCAGAUCACGAUGUGCUGAUCUUCAGAGAAAACACACUGGCUACCAAAGCAAUAGAAGAGUACCUAAAACUGGUGGGCCAGAAGUACCUACAUGAUGCACUAGGGGAGUUUAUCAAAGCUCUGUAUGAGUCAGAUGAGAACUGCGAGGUGGAUCCGUCAAAGUGCUCCAGCGGCGAGCUGCCUGAACAUCAGAGCAACCUGAAAAUGUGCUGUGAGCUGGCCUUCUGCAAGAUCAUCAAUUCCUACUGUGUGUUCCCACGUGAACUGAAGGAGGUGUUUGCCUCAUGGAAGCAGCAGUGCCAGUCUCGGGGGAAGCAGGACAUCAGCCAGCGGCUGAUCAGCGCCUCACUCUUCCUGCGCUUCCUGUGUCCAGCCAUCAUGUCGCCCUCCCUCUUCAACCUCAUGCAGGAAUAUCCUGAUGACCGCACCUCUCGCACACUCACCCUCAUCGCCAAGGUCAUCCAGAACCUCGCCAAUUUCACCAAAUUUGGUAACAAAGAGGAGUACAUGGCUUUCAUGAAUGACUUCCUGGAGCAUGAGUGGGCAGGAAUGACCCGCUUCCUGCUGGAGAUCUCAAACCUCGAGUCCAUCUCCAACACUCCGGGCUUCGAGGGCUACAUCGACCUGGGUCGGGAACUAUCUCUGUUGCAUGCUUUGCUGUGGGAUGUGGUGUCACAGCUAGACAAGGGUGACAAUUCCUUCCUGCAGGCAACGGUUGCUAAACUGGGGCCCCUGCCACGUAUCCUCGGAGACAUUGCAUGCUCGCUGUCCAGCCCCACACCAAUUCAGCAGCAGCUGAGGCACUUCGAGGAGCAUAGCUCUACCCACAAUAUCAACAGCAGCAUCUCCUCAGGACUGCAGAGAAUAUUUGAGGACCCAGCAGACAGUGAAAUCCUGAACAUCAGAUCUCCAGUCCAGGAGCACAUGGAGGUUUUGGUGAGAGUAAAACCCCCCUUACUAGGUCAGCAGCCCUCUCUGCACAGCAUGAGCUUCUCAGACAAGGAGGAGCGAGAGAGUCAACUCCCCAGCGGCCGCAGCGUCUCCCUCAUGGACCUCCAGGACUCACAUCUUCUCCAGGGCCCUGCUGGGCCCCUUCCUCUCCAUGAAGCCUCACCGAGGUUAGGUCGGGUGGGCUCCCAAGCAUCCAUCGGUCCCCUGUCUCCCCCGCCCACCCACCUCCACCAUCCCCAACAGCAGCAACAGCAGCAGCCCCCUCAAGAGGACAGCUUGCCCCAAAGUGCACCGCAGGUGCGCCAGCCCCUACACCAGUCCCUAAGCCAACAGCGCAGCCUUCAGCCACUCUGUUUCCAGAACCCAGUCUACCAUCUGAGCAACCUGCACACAGCACAGGCGUGCUCAGCCAGGUCCCUGCCACCCAACUCUAGCUCUGAAAACCUGAGCACCACAGGCAGCUCUCGUAGUGCCAGCCCUGGAGCCUGUGGCCCCAUGCCCAGAAACCGCCUACCCUCUGCUGCUAGCAGCUUGGACGAGGAGAAACCAAGGCACAAGAGGCCACAGAGCGGGGAGGAGACCCUGCCAGCCUCUAGUGGCCCCCACCGCUGGCCCCUUGGAGCCAAGGCCAUGGCUGAGGCCAGGCAGCAAAGCACUGGCACAGCACACAUUGUGAAAGUGGAACAGCAGAGUCGAAGCCACGUAGCAGUAGGGAACGGAGGGUCACGCCUCCCCAGGUCUCUUCCUCACAGUGCUUCACUGCGCAGCAGCAGCAGCAUCAACACUGAGCCCCUGCAGCAGAGCGGAGGGGGCUCCAGACAGCAAUCAACAUGCUCCCGGGACAGCCCUGGCCCCAGCGGUCGCUCUAACAGACAGCAGGUGCAGUCUCCUGUGGAGUCGGUCACCAUGUCUCCAGUUGAGAGGACAGCAGCAUGGGUGCUGAAUAAUGGCCAGUAUGAGGAAGAUAAGGAGGAGCAAGUCCAGAGCAGAGAGGACAGCAAGCAUGUGGAGAAGUAUGAGCAGGAGAUCUCUAAGCUGAAGGAGCGCCUGCAUGUUUCCAGCCGCCGGCUGGAGGAGUAUGAGCGGAGGUUGCUGGCGCAGGAGCAGCAGCUGCAAAGGCUGCUGCUGGAAUAUAAGGCUCGUCUGGAGGACAGUGAGGAGCGCCUGCACAGACAGCAGGAGGAGAAGGACAGCCAGAUGAAGAGCAUCAUCUGCAGGUUAAUGACAGUAGAGGAGGAGCUGAAGAGAGACCAUGCGGAGAUGCAAGCAAUCAUAGAUGCCAAGCAGAAGAUCAUUGAUGCACAGGAGAAACGGAUCAGCUCCCUGGAUGCUGCUAAUGCACGGCUCAUGAGCGCCCUCACUCAGGUCAAAGAGCGUUACAGCAUGCACAAUCUCCGCAACGGCCUCUCGCCCACUAACCCCACCAAACUCUCCAUCACAGAAAACGGAGAGUUCAAAAACAGCAGCUACUGACCGCUGCUUGGACAAAGGGUCACUGGCACUGAUUGAUCAAGCUCAGGACUUUGGACUAAGACAGCAUGCUGGCGGCCAUGUUUUCCGACUACUACAUAAAACAGUGGCAAGGAAUGUCUGGCUAUUAAUGUAUGUAAAUUGUAUCUUUAAUUGCUCCUGUACAGUGAUUAUACUGGAGAUACAGGAGUGUUUUAAAUCUGUGCAGAGGUUUAACUGUCAUGCAGAGAUGGUGAUUUUUGUGUUUUAUAAAUACUGAUAUUCCCAUACAUGGGGAUUAAGAUUGCAGUCUAAAAGAUUUUGUUAAGAAGUAUUGUUUAACUAAGAUAUGAUAUAUUGAGGAGAUGUACAUAUCAUAGAAUGGAGUUGUUUUAAAAGAAGAUGCCAGAAGCACACAGAGAACAGUCAUAGCCAUAAAUGAAGUUGAUAGGCAAAAAAAUUAAGGCAUUUUUAUGCAUUCAGUUUUCUAACUCAACUUUUCUGUGUUUUUAAUUGUUUUCAGUCUUCUCAUAAAGAGUUAUUUUGCUUUUAACCUGAAACUUUAGGUCAAAUCUAACAGGCAGUCAACUGGCAAUAACUGGCUGUUUCAGAAUACACAAUUUGCACCAAUAGAAAAACAAAACCAAAAGACAUGAACGGGGCUGGAUAUCAUUCUUUUUUUUUUUUUUGACAUCUUGGCUUCGAUACCCAUUCCCAUGUGAUACUUUUUCUGAUAACUUUUUAAAAUUACAAAUAGAAAGUGGGUGUGUCUUGCAACAGAAAUGAGCGUGAGGUGCUGGAGGUGGAUGUAGUUCGUCUGCAAUCCACUGUGGUCAGUAAUUAGGAAACACUGAUAUUCAAAACAUGUCUAGUGAAUGUAAUUUAGAGAGCCAAUCAGCAGUUUAGAUUUUAGAUUUUGGGAAUAGGCUUACUGAUUUCCUGAUGCUAGUAAGACUUACUACUUAGCUACUGAAAUUUGGUAUUGAAUGACAUGGAAUACUCUUAAGUACUAGUGUAAGUAAUUGGGUCAGUAUCAUAAAAGUAUUGAAUUUUGAUACCCAGUCCAAGAAGUCACCAAUGAUUGGUGACCAAGGAAAAAAAUGUGCUUAAUUUGGUCAAAUUUAACACUUUUUUCUGUUAGGUACAUUUCCUACUUGGUUCACUAGGAGAAUAGAUCACUCGCUUCAUAUGAACACACUAUAAACUGCCUUGAUCUGGGACCAGAUGUAUAAACUUUCCUGAGUAAGGGUGCUGAUUUAGCAUCAGUGUUUUCCUUUCGAACCUUGCAUAACGUAAUAAUUACAGUGUCAGAGCUAACUGAUCGCCAGCACGCUUAAUUUCAAGAUGUUUUAUACAUAGGGGCCCUUUACUCAACCUGUUAGACUACAGUGUUACUUCAACAUCACUUUCCUCUUUUCUCAUACCGGGUUAAUGUUCCUUACUGGCUGCUGUUACAAACCAAACAGUUUCCAAUUCACUUCUCCCUCAGUCAGCGUAAACUAUAUUUUGUAGCACAGACCUUGACUGCUUUUGCAGUUUUUCACUGUAAUGCAAUUUGUUGGUCAAUUUCAAUUUGUAAGUUGUGAGUUGUGAGGAAUAAAGAUGGUAUGUUGCGCCAUGGAA